GGAGGCGGGGAGCCUCCCCGCGCGGGGGCGCUGCCACCUGCCCAGGGGAGGAGCCAGAGUGGGACCCGGUUUUGUGCUGCUCCGACGCCCUGGAGUUUGGAGAACCCGUCCUGACCAUGAAGCCCUGCAAAGGCAUUGAGAACCCGGCUUUCGUCAACUCCAGCCCAGACACCCCGCGCCGUUUCUCUGCAUCGCCCUCUUCCGUCGAGGUCUCUGCCUUGCCCGCCGAUACCCAGGGAGAGGAUUUGCAGCCACCCGAGCCUCAGGAGCCCCCAAAGUUAUUGGAGCCACCUCUGCCUGCAGCAACACACCCCGGCUCCCGAGAGAGGUCCGGGCCAGAGUCGCUGCCGGAGUUUGAGGAGGGGCCCUGCGGGUGGGGGAACUUCCAACCCCAAUGUCUCCAGCUCUGUAACACGCCCCAGGGGUUUCUGGUUCACUACUGCCUCUUGGCACUCACACAAGGUGUUGUAGUAAAUGGCCUAAUAAAUAUUAGCAUUUCCACUAUUGAGAAGCGCUAUGAAAUGAAGAGUUCCCUGACGGGCCUGAUAUCAUCAAGCUAUGAUAUCGCAUUCUGCUUGUUAUCUUUAUUUAUAUCGUACAUUGGCGAAAGAGGACACAAACCAAGAUGGCUUGCAUUUGCAUCCUUUAUGAUAGGACUGGGAGCACUUGUAUUCUCAUUGCCAAAAUUUUUUAGUGGAAAAUACCAAUUGGGGUCCCCUUUUGAAGAUACUUGCUUGGCAACAAGGAAUACAACCAGUUGUACUUCUUCUAGUUCUUCACUUUCUACCUACUUGUAUGUCUUCAUCUUCGGACAACUUUUGAUGGGAACAGGAGGAACUCCUCUCUAUACACUAGGAACAGCCUUUAUUGAUGAUUCUGUGCCCACACAUAAAUCUUCUCUCUACAUAGGUAUUGGCUAUUCUAUGUCAAUAUUAGGCCCUGCUAUUGGCUAUGUGUUGGGAGGACAGCUGUUAACCAUGUACAUUGAUGCUGGUUUGGGACAAAGCACUGAUAUCACUGAGGAUGAUCCACGAUGGCUGGGGGCGUGGUGGAUUGGAUUUCUUCUGGCGUGGCUCUUUGCUUGGUCUUUGAUAAUACCUUUUUCCUGCUUUCCAAAACAUUUACCAGGUACAGCAAAAAUUCAAGAAGGAAAAACUUGCCAGACUCAUCAGAAUAAUAGUUCCAUACAAUACACAGAUGAGAAUUUUGGAAAAAGUUUUAAAGAUUUUCCAGUUGCUCUAAAGAAUUUGAUGAGGAAUACUGUCUUUAUGUGUUUAGUGAUAUCAACGUCUUCCGAAGCCUUAGUUACUACUGGAUUUGCUACAUUUUUACCUAAAUUUAUAGAAAGUCAAUUUGGAUUGUCAUCCAGUUUUGCAGCUAUCCUGGGAGGGGCUGUUUUAAUUCCCGGAGCUGCUCUUGGUCAGAUUUUAGGUGGUGUCCUUGUUUCAAAAUUCAAAAUGGCAUGUAAAAAGGCAAUGAAGUUUGCUUGUUUCUCAUCUUUAAUUGGACUUAUGCUGUCUUUUGUAUUUAUUUAUGCCAACUGUGAAAACGAGCCAUUUGCUGGUGUGUCUGAAUCAUAUAAUGGGACAGGAGACCUGGGAAACUUGACUACUUCUUGUAAUGCCAAUUGUAACUGCAUGCGAUCAUAUUAUUAUCCUGUCUGUGGAAGAGACGGAGUCCAAUAUUUUUCUCCCUGCUUUGCAGGUUGUAAAAAUUCUGUUCCAGAAAUGCAGCCAAAGAUAUAUUACAACUGUUCCUGUAUUGAAAUGAAAACAGAAAUAGUAUCUACUGCAGCAAGUUUUGGUUUUGAAGCUAAAGCUGGAAAAUGUGAAACUCGAUGUACAAAUUUGCCCAUAUUCCUUGCCAUUUUCCUUGUUGCAAUUGUUUUUACCUUUAUGGCUGGUACUCCUAUAACUGUGUCCAUCCUAAGGUGUGUUAAUCAAAAGCAACGGUCUUUAGCAUUGGGAAUACAGUUUAUGAUGCUUCGAUUAUUAGGCUCAAUACCUGGACCAAUUAUUUUUGGUGUCACAAUAGACAGCACAUGUGUUCUCUGGGAUAUUAAUGAAUGUGGAAUUAAAGGAGCUUGCUGGAUUUAUGAUAACAUCAAGAUGGCCUAUAUGCUAGUGGCCAUAAGUGUUACAUGUAAAAUUAUCACCAUUUUCUUCAUUGGGCUUGCAAUCUUUUUCUAUAUACCACCACCAUUAGACACAGAUGUGCCAUCUCAAAACCCGAAUGCUGUUGUGACUACUAUUUCAGUAGAAUGUGACCUCAACAAAGCAGGAAAUGAAGGGUGAAAUAGAAAAAAAAGAGAAUAUUUUACAGUGCGAAAAUUGGCCUCCAUUUGUAAGAAUGCAUAUUGUCAUUGUAGCAUUAUCAAAUAUGGACAAUCAUUUUAAAAAUUGCUAUUUUAUAAUUAAUUGUGUUUUCUGUAUAUGUAUGAACUCUUGCUUGUUUUUGUUUAAAUGUAAGAAACAGACCUGUGCCUUCAAAGCCCACCAGUAGCCUCAAAACAUAUACACACAUUUCCCAUUGUCUAGAUAUGAUACCCCAACUAGUAAACUAAACUAGAAAAAAAGCUAAAUUAAAACUUCACAUUUUCAAAACAAAGUGAUAUUUCUAUCCCUUUUAUAACUUGUUUUAUUUUAAUUAUCAUUGCAGUAGUUUGGGCUUAUUUAGAAAAUUUAUGGUGUAAAAAUUAAACUAAUCAAAUUUAUGUGAUGAUUUUCAAAAACUAUUAUUGAAAGCCCAUGAAUUUAAAACCAGCUAAAUUAUAUUAUUUGUUUUUAAAUUUACAUGUACUAAUUUGUCCUUUUUAUCAUAGAAAGUAACUGAACUAUUAGAAUAUAGGUUAAUUAUCUUUUUUCUGUCCCAGUAUAUAGUGAAUUAAAAAAAAUCAGUAUUGUAUACACCUAUUUUCACUUUAACUCAAGAAUUCCAGGAGAUAAUUUGUCGAUAUUGCUGAUUUUUAACACUUACCUCUUAUGACUCUGUGAUAGUGUUAUUCAAUUACAUGUCUGUCAGAGGAAAGUACCAGCUUCAGUAAGAAAAGUGCCAUUAGACACAAAAAUAUUUCUUUUUCUUUGUUCCAGUGGCUUAGGUAUAUUUUAUCGGUUUUCUUUGAAAAGAUUUCUAAAUGAACUAUUGAUCAGUGUUUAGAUACUCAAUACUUUAAUUCUUAUCAUUUUGAAAACUGACUACCUAGGUCAUUGCUUUCUAAUACCUACAAUAGUGCUUUGUUUGUAUUAGUAGGCAUGUAUUAUUGUUGUUAGUUUAAAACAAAUUCGACUCUUUAACUGAUCCGUUUAUUUGAAAGAUAAAGUAUUUCACCUAUAUGAUCACAUUGCAACACUCCAUUUCUUCGGGUUAGACUCUGGCCAACUUUGUGGACUCAUAAUAUGAAGGAAAUGGAACAGUGAACAUCAACAAAAGUAAUUUCUACCAGGUCAAGCAUUGUACUGAUUGAGAAAAGUGUUGAUGUUCAUACCCAUUUGAAAUUUUCAUAAAACAAGGUAACUCAUUUAAUCAGAUUUAUUAUUAGCGUUCUCCUAGAUGAGUUUUUUUUAUAAGCACUGUGAUCAGAAUAACAAACGAGUUGUAAAGGCCUGGUAGGAAACCAGGAUCAAGAAGCACUAGUAAUUCACAGAGUUUAAAAGACUAUGUUUCAUGAUAGUCUGUAGCCAAUGAUGAUUCAAGAAACUAGUAGCAUUUAUAAAUUUAAUUGCAAGAAGGCAUUAAUUAGAAUUAGGCAAACAAACACCCUUGAGUAUUAUAGAAUUCGAAAAGCAGUGGGUCAGGAAUCAGAGAAACAGACCUAAUUAACCCAGGAACAUAAACACUAGUAGUUGCACCCAACUGGGUAGUCAAAAACCCAGGUAUGUGGGAAGCAGGAAAUUCAUAGCAACCAAAGAAAUAGUGCAAGGCAGGCAGGGGAAUACACACAUGAUACCUUGAUUCAGUAUCUCGCUCCCAUCCAGCCAGACACAUUUUAAAUGCUGCUUCCUAUCGGUGCCAAAGCUAAAGGAGAGUUUAGGCUCCCUGUGUCCUAUAUGUGGAAGCAAGGAAUUGAAUAGAAAAAUUUUCUACGUGUAAAAUAAUGGCAAAUCCUGAGGAACUCAUUGAUAGAGAUGUAAACAACAGCGAGAGAGGAAACAGAAUAACGAUUAAAAUGUAUUCGUCUAAAACCACUAAUGAGAAGAAAAAAAAUCACCCCAUACAUAGAAAUAGUUUGAUGAACAAGUCACUAAAGAGUUGACACUUUUAAUGAAUUUUAGUUAUCAAGGGUUUCAUUGUAUUCUGUGUACUCAAUUUUAUGAUAUAUUUUAAACUAUAAUAAUGGUUAAAGUGAAAAUAAUUUUGGUACUUGAGGGAAGUCAGUCUCUUUUAUUUAUAAUAUAUAUAGUUACAAGGAAUACCUCCUUUCAUGAUAGGUCAGUGUAGACACUACUGUAAUUUAUAAACAUUGUUUAUAUACUUCUGGAUUCACGUAGAUUAUAUGGGUUGGUAUGUUACUUUCAGAACAAAAUUUUUCAUAAUAUGUAUUUUUCACAAUUUGUAAUGACUUUUUUUAAUGUAAAUUUGACCAAUGCUGGUUUUUGUACAUAAUUGCAUAUAUGUCUUAAAACUUUUAUUUUAACAUUUGUAUUU